GCCCCCUCUGACCCACACCGGCCGCCAGGGGGCGCGCGCGGCGGUUGCCGGGCAACGAAACAUGGCGGGGCAGGACGCUUUCAGCCCCCCCCGGCUGCAGUGCUGGACCGUGCCCCGGCCCCCCCAGAAGGUGUCACCCUGGGGGACAUUCCUGGGGACGUGGGACAUGCCCAGGAGCAUCCCCCCGGCCUGGCUGGACCUGAGCACGCGCUCACCCCGAGCGGCACAGAGAGUGCUGGAGAGCCAGCCCCAAACCCUGCUGAGAGCCUGCAACGGCAUCUGCACCCGUGUGACAGGACAGGUGACACUGGGGACACACCUGGGGACACUGGGGACACACCUGGGGACAGCUGGGUUAGAGCUGGGGACACACCCGGGUCACACACAGAGCCAGCCCCAAACCCUGCUGAGAGCCUGCAAUGGCAUCUGCACCCGUGUGACGGGACAGGUGACACUGGGGACACACCUGGGGACAGCUGGGACA